CGUUAUGGCAGAUUACAUUGCGAUCGUCGUCGGCGGCACUGGUUCUGUUGGCCGUGAAUUGAUCAAACUGCUGGCCAUCUCCACGCGAUGCAAGAAGGUUGUGGCGCUUUCCCGUCGGCCGAUUGAACCAUCUUCGUUCGCCACCGUAUUUCCAGGGCUUCCCGAAACCGAAGCAUCUAAGGUGCUAGUGCACGUGGUGGACUUCGACAAUUUGAAGGAUGAAGACUUUGCCAUGCAUCAUGCUGAUGCGUGCUUUUGCUGUUUGGGCACAACUCGAGCUGAUGCUGGGUCUGCAGAAGCAUUCAUGAAAGUCGACCUGCAUUACGUCUCGAAAACGGCUGAGCUGAGCAAGGCAGCGGGUAUUCCGUACUUCGGAUUGCUCACGGCGUCAAAUGCAAACAAGGGCAGUUGGUUCCUCUAUCCUCGCACGAAGGGGUUGGCUCAAGAAGCAGUGGCGAACUUGAACUUUAUUCGAACGGGAUUCUUCCAACCUGGACUACUUCGCCGCGGCGAUUUGGCACGCUCGGUGGAACGUUGGGCGUCCUACGUUCUGAAAUCGGUCUCUGUAUGCGCAGUUGCGAAGGCCAUGCUGGCCAACUACGAGUCGACACCUAGCACUGGCUUGACCGUCGUCUCCAUGGCGGAUAUUUUGGCCUUCGACCAGACGAGUAACUAAAAAAUAGUGUCGAAAUUUGUUAACACGCGUGGUUUUUCGGCAA